UGGAUUAUUUGUUUUUUUUGUGAAAAGAAGAGGUGCGAUAAGGAUAAUUUCACUGCGAAUGCGUUUUAGUGUCAGUUUAACACGAGCAACUAUAAAUUUAGUGUCUAUAAUGGAACAAAAUUGUAUAUUUUGUAAGAUAAUAAGAAAAGAAGGACCUGCUGAAUAUGUUUUUGAGGACGAUGAUUUAAUUUGUAUAAAGGAUAUUAAACCAGCUUCGACUCAUCAUUAUUUAAUAAUUCCAAAAAGGCAUAUUUCGACACCAAAAGAUUUAAAAAAAGAGGAUGAAGAACUUUAUGAUAAAAUGGUCGCAACAGUGGAUGUAAUUGCCAAACAAGAGCAUUUUGAAAAUUCAUCUAUUAGAACUGGAUUUCAUUGGCCGCCAUUUAAUACUGUAAAUCAUUUGCAUCUUCAUGUAAUUUCACCUGUGGAAUCGAUGGGUUUCCUGCAAAGACAAAUGUUUAAACCCGAGUCAUUUUGGUUUGUUAGUACCGAUUAUGUGAAAUCACGCUUUGCGACCAGCAAUUUAUAGAAAUUUUUUUUUCAUACAAAUUUAUUUCUUUUGAAAUGAAAAAAAAUUCACAAAAUGUUCUAUAGAUAAAUUAUAUAUCCUAAACUUCCUCUUAAUAUUAAUAAUUAUUAUCGAUAUAAAAUUUGAUUAUUGUGAUAAUAUUUUAAGACAAAUGAGUUGUAUACAAUUAGUUAAAAGAAAUUUGUUUAAAUUUGUUAUAAUUUCUUUAUGAUGUUGAAUAUUUUAUUAAAGUUUUAAAACUAACAAAUA